AUGAUGAUGCAACUUGGCUUUCGUUACAUUCGUCCUGGUCUUGUUCGCAAAUACUCGACGCGUUUCCGACUGCCUCCAACGAUCCAGGAGGUUCUUUCCACGGCACCCGUUGGCCAAGAAGUUUCCGUAACUGCGUGGGUCAAAUCUAUAAGGAAGCAAAAGCGCAUUGCUUUUGGUGUUUUGAGCGAUGGAAGUUCCGCUGCUGGCUUGCAGGCAGUCUUUCAUGGUGACCUCCAAGAGCGGGUGAAAGAAGUAACGAAUGGGACCAGUCUUCAUGUCACUGGAAAAAUUGUGAGCAGUGUCGGCGCUGGUCAAGCGAAGGAGCUUUCAGUGGAGAAAGUUGAAAUCUUGGGCUCAUGCGACCCAGAGUCGUAUCCAAUCCAGAAAAAAUCUCUCUCUGCCGAGUAUUUGCGGGACCACACCCAUUUACGUGCCAGAACUGAUGCGAUUGCUGCUAUGCUUCGUCUACGGGGGCGGCUCAUGACCGAAAUCAAUCGAUAUUUCGCCGAUCAAAACUUUACCUACACACAUACCCCGGUAUUAACAAGCGGAGACGCAGAAGGCGGCGGCGAGGCUUUUCGUCUGGCACCAACAUCUCACGACCCUUCGCUAUCCGACCGUGAUCGCGAAUUCUUUUCCCGACCUGCAUACCUUACAGUCUCCCACCAAUUGCAUUUAGAAGCGCUUUGCCACGCCUUAACUCGAGUUUAUACUCUUGGCCCUUGUUUUCGGGCAGAACGUGGAGUUACUCGUCGCCAUCUUGCCGAAUUUUGGAUGCUCGAAGCGGAAUGGGCAGUUGCGCCGGUCCAAGACCCUCAUUUACAAACUGCUGCUCUUUGUGACUUUGUCGAGGGUCUCAUUCGGAACGUAGUGGGCAAUAUGAAUUCGGAGGACUUGGAUGUCUUGUGGCACCAUCGCGAAAACGACUCGGUUUCUACUGUGGACCGAGAAAAACGCCGAGAGGCAAUGAUGACUACAGUGACGAGCCCAGUUCCGUGGCCGAAAAUGACCUACUCGAAAGCUAUCCACGAAUUACUCAAGGUAGACCGCGAGUGGGAAUUUCCUGUACGAUGGGGUGGUGCUCUCCAAAGCGAACAUGAAAAAUGGCUAUGCGAAGAGCUUAUCGGUGGCCCUGUCUUUGUGACGGACUAUCCCGCUGGCCUGAAACCAUUUUACAUGCGGGCGAAUCCACAAGUAGAGGGAGAGAGCGAGGUUACCAUGGGUUGCUUUGAUCUCCUUAUGCCACACGUAGGUGAACUGGUUGGCGGAAGUGUGAGGGAGGAAAGGUUAGAUGUGCUGAAAGCAAGCAUGCAAAUUAAAGGCAUGGACCCUGACGGGGAGAGCUAUGCCUGGUAUUCUGCUUUACGCCAGUUUGGAGGAGCACCUCAUGUUGGCUUUGGGCUGGGAUUCGAACGGCUGGUUGGGUGGCUGGGCGGAAUCGAAAAUAUUAGAGAGAGUAUCCCCAUGCCACGAUGGGCUGGAAGGAUGCUGAUGUAA